AUGACCGCACCUCUUUGUAAUGACCACCUCGACUCAUUCAUCGUCUCGUCUCGCCCACCACCGACCCCGCUUGCCACCUCCCAGGAAAUCCGCGACCGCGCUUCUGCAUUCAUUGCGUAUAUCUACGCCGCCGCGACCGAGUCACAGGCCAAUUCCUGUGUGAACCACACGAAACGCGUGCUGCAUAGCGAGAAACCGGCGUCGCACGUGAUGUUCGCGUGGAGGUGCAUGCUGGUGAAGGCGGGGUGCACGGGGCUGGGCGGGGAGGACGAGUUUGAGGUGAAGGAGGGGAGCGAGGACGACGGCGAGAAAUACGGUGGGCAGAAGAUCCUGACUGCGAUGCGGAAGCAGGGCACGCUUGACGCGGUGGUGGUCGUCUGUCGGUGGUAUGGCGGGACGAUGCUCGGCCCGGUCCGGUUUACGCAUAUCGAGACGAGCACUUUGGAGGUGUGUCGAGAGUUCAAGCGGCAAGAGGACAUAAAAGCAGCGCUGGCGACGCUGAGGACACUCGACGACCUGCUCGCCCAACUGCGAGAGCAACUUGGCUCCAGUUCGAAAGCAAAAACGCCAGACUACACCGGCUGGAUCGACUGGGACCUGGAGAGGGCACACCGACUUGUCCGGGCCCGGGAGAGUGCCAUUUCGAAUACGAAGAAGCUUAUCGCAAAGCACCAGCAAAAGCCAACAUAG